AUGUAUAAAAGAAAAUUUAAUUUAUUUGUAAUUUUACUGUCUUUUAGCUUAGUAUAUAGCUAGUCACCUCAAAAUUGGCUAUACUCGCCCUAAUUUAGCUACAUAAUUAAUUCUAAGGAUUAGCAGAGUCAGUUUUCUAAAAUCAAAGUUAGCACUCUUACUGGACUUAUUUUUGUUUCCUAAGGAGAUGCAGGUUUGAUGGUAGUCGAUCCAUCAUAACAGUUUAAAGUAAUAGCAUCUUAAGCAACUACAGACAACAUUAUGGGUUUCACAGUUACAAGAGAUGCGAAUUAUGUCUUUAUGAGCAAUAACGGCUAUCUGUCAGUAUUUGAUUUUUCUAGUAGAUAAAAUCUAGUCUAAGUUGCUUAAGAUAAUAGCAGAGUUUUCGUAGUUGAUGUCAAGCUUAGCCCAGAUGAGUAGAAUUUAUACAUCUUUCAGAUUAAUGGAAAUGUUAGAAUAUUAGAUAUUUCAAACAAGAUCUAGCCUACAUUUGUUGGAAGUAUAACAUGGAAAAAUAGUUAAAUAUAUACAGGACUGGUAACGCCAGAUGAAAAGUUUAUACUUUUAUGCUAGGAUAGCUAUGGCUUAGCUAUUUUUGCAUUAAAUAGGACACCAGGUUCAGUAACUGGUACUUUAGUUGGUUCAUUUCCAGGACUUACGCAAGGCUAUUCUCAUAAUGUUCUUCUAACUCCAGAUUCAAAAUACAUUAUCAAUUUAGACUUUAGAAAUGGCUUAAGUUUUGGAGAUUUUACCUAAAUAACUUCGGCAAAUCCUAGUAGUUAUCCUUUGACUCUGAAUUACUAUCUCAAUUAAUGGUGGCCUUCAAGACUGACAAUACCAUCUCCUUAUUCCUUCUGUUUAAGUAAUGAUGGAAACUUUAUAUUUUUAGGAGUCAGAUCUAUAGGUAUCUACACUAUUGAUUUCACUAAUAAAUAAGCUCCUAAUACUUAUAUGUGGUCAUAUUUCCCAUUUCAUGGAAAUGCAAUAGCGCUCUCUCCGACUGGAAAUUACCUUUAUUUUUCUAAUGCAGUCUCUCUUAUGAUCUUUAGAAGAACGGCACCAAUUGUUGGGCAGAAAUAUGUUAGUUUAUAUAAUAGUUUAUAAACAAAAAGUUUUAACUUAUCUAAAACUAGAUUCUAUUGGAGGUGCGACUAUGAUCCAACUAGAAAAAUAUACACUGGAGCAUUUAAUACUGAUGGAAUUUGGUUCUUAGAUGUUAGUAUUCCGACUUAAUUUAAAGUUGUUACUUAAAAAUUUAAGCCAGCAGGUUAAAGCGCUCCAACAGAUUCAAUAUACUAUAAAGAUUCGCAUCAAACAUUAAUAACAUCUAUGAAUGAUGGAAUUAACUUUUUAGCUGUAAUUGAUACUUCUGACUAUGCCAAUCUUAAUAUAAUAUAGAAAGUACCUUUGGGAUAGCCUUUCCCUGGUUAUAUCAAAGAUUUUGAUAGCAAUAAUAGUGAUACUAUGUUGGCAUGUUCUUUGGAUAGGACUAUAGUUUUUGUUGAUACUUCAAUUUUAGGUAGCUAUUUUGUGAUUGCUAUCUGGAAUUUUUUACCACACAUGAAAGGAUUUACAACAGGAGUAAUGGUAUCUUCAAAUGAAAAAUAUUUUGUAGGUGCAUGCAGAGGCUAUGGAUAUUUCGUGCUUGACAUUACCGAUUUGAACAAUAUCUUAUUUGUUAAUUACAUAAAUUCAAAUGGCGCAGAGCAGGUUUAUAUGUCUUUUGCUUUCAAUUAUCAAUUUUAUUUGAUUGAUGGGCUAGGUGGUCUAUACAUUAUGGAUUAAAGAAAAUUACCAGAGUUUGUAGCUUUUUCUCAGGUAACUCUUGAUGGAUGGACAAAUGAUAUAACUUUUUUAAAAGGAGAAAAAACAGUAAUUGUUUCUACUUUACAACAAGGAAUGGUUUAUUUAUUGGAUAUAUCAGAUAAUACCAAUCCUUUUAUAGUUUCAAGCUAUUAAUAUGGGACUUAAAAUGGUCUUUUUACUUGUGUAACUGAUGAUUUCUCUAGGCUAUUUAUUAACAACAAUGUUCAGAUGAGGCAAUUACCUCUAACUGUUUAAGCUUAUCUACAUACAGAUUUUAUCUAAAUUUAUGGAUAUAGCCCAGAAGGAGACAUGCUUUUUAAUAUCAUCAAUGAUCCAGAUGAAUUUAAAUUUUCAGUUGGCUAAACCAUUAAGAUCAAUAUAUGCUAUCUUUAUUAACCUUUAGAUUUAGUUGUAAGCAGAGUAACUCUUUAUCAAAAACUAGUACCAUAUCCACUACCAUAUUGGAUAACAUUUAAUCCGGUUGAAAUAUCCUUUACAAUAUAAAUUUUAAAAGAAGCAGUAGAUCCAACUAAUCUUGAUAAGCCUUUACUAAAUACUUUGGUUUUAACCUCUUUGAAUCCUCUUGCCUUUACUGAUUUUGUGUUCACUAAUGGUGACUGUUAAACAACUGUAUCUCAAGCUAACUCUAUUUUCAGCCAGCUUUAAUCAUCUGGAACUAUAGAUGAAAAUAAUUUAGUUUCUCCAGAUUUGAACUUCGAUGAUUAACAAUAAAUAGCUUUCUAAGAUACUACUCUUUUCCCAAAUUCAAAUCCUACAUAAUAAACAUAUAAUCUCUGCGUAAGUGGGUUAGUAAAGUAUACUCUUUUGAAUUCUAUACAGUUUACUCCAAUAUACAUCAACAUUUAUCCUUCACUAUUUCUUAUCAUUGACAAUUCUACAAUGGAUUAUAUUUAGACACAAGCGCAAACUGUCAACAUUAUUAUAGAAAUACCUAAGUUCACUGGAAAAUUUAUUUAUGUCGAUCAACCCUCAGUUAAUAUUUAAGUUAAUUUAGAAUUAAACAUACUGAGUAUCACAGGAUUAAUAUAAAAUGUUAAUACUUUUUUAGCAAAAAAAAUUAUUAUUUUCCCAAUUCCACCAAAGAAAUAUUCCUAAAUAAUAGCAACUGUAACUGUUUCUGAUUCGAUGAAUUAUCCUAUUAUCAGAGAGCUUCCUGUGUCUUAAUUCCCAUUUUUAGUGUAAAAACAAAAUAUUGAAAUCAACCCUAAAAAGACACUUCAAAGCUAAUUCAGCGAUGGUAUCUUUAUCUUAAAUUAAUUUGGAUUUACCAUAGAUCCUUAAACAUUUGUUGUGCCAGAUUUUAAUACAACUAUAACCUACAAAGUUCUUAUCUUAAAGGGUAGCAAAUUUUAACCAUUUGAUAAUACAGAUUGGCUUUAAUAUAACACUGAAGGACAUAAUUUCUAUGGAAACCCUCCUUAAGAAACAUUUUAGAAAAGUUAUACUGUUUAAGUUACUGCGAGUGAUGGGUUCACAAAGAUAUCAGAUACUUUUACAGUCCAUGUAACUUAACUUCCUAUCCUAUUUGUUUUAUAAUGGAUAGCAACUAUUCUUGGUCCUUUAACAGGAGUAUUAGGUGCCUAUAAAUUCAGAAACGUGUUUUAUAAUGUCCUUUAUUCAAAAAGGACUAGAUAUAGUACAAUUAUAUGCAAGCCAAAUGAGUCAUUUUACUACAAAAUACCACUCAUCCUUAAUGAAUAGAGAGCUGCUCGCCAAAUUGUCAAACGCCUAUUAAAAAUAUUGGAACACAAAAAAAUAACCUACAAUAACAUUCUUCAAAACAAAGUUGGUAUCGGUUAGCAAGAAUAGAUCAAUUCAUAACCAGAUACUAAUUAAAAAUUAAUUUCGCAAAAAAGUUAAUAAUCAGCCAAUUUUGAUAGUAGAAAUAAUGAUAUUUAUUCUUUGAGUUAAUCAUUUAGAAAAAAGCUACCUUCUUUAAAAUCAUCGAAGAAAAAGUAGAAGAUAGAAAUAUUUUAUCUUAAAGAAAAUGGAGACUUAAAUUAUGCAGCAUUUAAAUAAGAUCUCAUGCAAUACGAUAUCUAAUUCAAUCUAAACGGGGAUCAAACAUCAACUAAAAAGUAAAAGGAUGAUUUGGAGGAUGAAAUGGUAGCUCUCAGUCAAUGCUUAAAAUAUCAGUUAGUAAAAAGACUAAUAAAAUUUGAUAAAAAAUGUAUUGCAGUUGUAAAAUAUUUAAAGAAAUACUCGCUUCUUCUAAAUCCUUAACUAUCAGAAAGCGAUUGGUAUAAAUACUACUUAACAAUAGAAUCAAAUGAAGAUUUAGAUAAGCAAGGUCGUGUGUACACAUUCCCUUUACUUUAGCUUAAAAUCAAUCAAUUUUUAUAGCCCAUUUAAAAGCUUAAUUUAAUUGAUUAGGAAAUUAUGUAGAAUUUAGAUGAAGAAAAUGUUAAUAAUUUAAUUAGAGAAAACAUUUACAAUACCGUUUCAAGAUAAGGAUUAAAUUUAUACCUAGUUGAAUAUGCCAUGAUUGCAGAAGCUUUAGGUAUCUCAGAAAAAUCAUCUAGUUCAAUAUUCCCUAGCUAUGGAGAAUCAGUUCAUCUAGAUCCUCACCAGAUAACAAGCCUUAUCGCUCUCAGAUAUGCACCAGGAGAAUAUUUUAAAUGGUUAGAAAAACUUUUAGGGCUAGAUUAUAAACCUUAUGGUCCAAAAGGUAAUAUGUAACUUCCAAGUUGGCUUACCUUAGAUAUGCAGCAAGGUUUAAUUCUUAUGAAAGGAGUACCUGAAUUGUAAAAUGUUGAGGAUAUUCUGAUCAGAAUCUAUACUCCUUCUGGCUGUAUUAUUAGACACUUUAUUUUGAGAGUAGAAGAAAACUAGUUUGAAGUUUAAAGAGCUAGAGAAGAAUCAUAAUCAAAAGUAGAAUAUUCCAAAAAGGGAAGCAAGUAAAAAAAGAAAAUUUCUAAAUUAAAUGAUUAAUCAUAGUAAGAUUCAUAAGAAGAUCUUUAUUAGAGUGAUGGUAGUCCUUUGUAUGAUAAAUAAAGGCAAAGCUAUUUCUCUUAAAUGACAAAAGGAUCUCCUAAUUUACUUCCAAAUAAGAAAGAUGAAAUUAACGAAAGUAGUUAAAGCAAGCAAAAAGAGUAGCAAGAAAAACAAUAAAAAGAAUUGGAUGAAGAGGAAUUAAUGAAAUAGAUUUAAAAUAUAGAAUUAUGA